AUGGCUUCUGUCAAUGUUAGUAUACUUGUGCAUGCAAGGAAGGUGUACACUGGUUAUCUAUAUGUGAAGUUUGAGGAGCAGUUUUUGAGAGGAAUUUCAUUGAAUCAGGAACGUACAUUUGAAGAUGCAGAAAAAGUUGUUUAUCUGUUAUGGAAGCCUGCUACAGCUGAUUUGAUAAGGCAUGAGGUUACGUUUAACAAAAUUACAUUUGAGUCUAAUUGUACAUGCAAGCAUUUUUCUGAAGUGGGUUUAUUGUGUUCUCAUAUUCUUCGUAUAUAUAGUAUACAUUGUGUUGCUAUGUUACCUGAGCAAUACAUUUUGAAGAGGUGGACGAAAGCAGCUAUGUGCAGCGCUGUUGUGGAUGAACAAUCCUCCAAAGAAAACGUUGUUCCCGCUUCUGUUUGGAGAUUUCAAACUAUGAGGAAGUUUGUUCAUUUGGUUACAUCUUGUCAAGAUUUCCUUGAAGCUAGAGUAGAAAUUGAUACCGCAUUUGAUUUGUUAAGGCAAAAGGUUGAGAGUGUUAGGGGUGCUAUUGAUUUUUCAGAGCCGGUUGAGGGCAUUGAUGUUCAUGGUCACGAUGGAAAUGAUGGUCCAUCCAUUAAAGAUCCAAAAAGCGUAGGAAAAAGGGAGUUUGAUGCUUUGGGAAAUCCUCUCCUUUAUUCUCAUCCAAGUUCUGGCUCAGAGUUGCGUGUAUUAGGUUCAUCCCUUGAGAAAGGUAUUUCUGGCAAGAGUGUAGUACCUGAUUCUGUUCAGGAGGAUAUUUGUGGUAAGAAAGCAAUACCAGAUGUUGUAGACUCUUUGAAAUAUUUUGUCCAGGGUGGUUUUGGUUCUCAAUCUAAGAAAAGGAAAGGAAUAUAUUCGGCAUGCGCUCCAAUUUCUGCUAACACGGAAUUGAAUUCUCCUGCUGCUCGUGUAUCGCUUUAUGAUGAGAUUAUGGCCAAUUUUGAUUAA